AUGAAAUCAUAAUGUUACUUACAUGGUUAUCCACUAGAAUGUUAGAACUAAUUACAAGAUCUUUAUAAUCAAAUACGUGAAGGAGAAGAGUUCAUAACAUUAGAAAGAAUCUUUAAAUUAUUGAGAGUAUUAAUACUUACAAUAUAUAUAUUAGACAUAUUAAUAUGAUGUACCAUUCUCCAAUUUAUGUAAAUUGCUUAGAAAGGCUAAUUAAGCAUGUCAUCAAAAUGCAAAGAAUCAUUUAAAUGAGUUAGCAUUCCAUCAAUUACUUCAUAAUCAUGAUAUACAGAUGAUUUAUAAACCAAAGAAGGAUGAAACUGUAAAUACACCUCCAACAUUAGAUGGAUUAUUUAAAAGAAUAGGAGAAUAGAUAGAGAGGAAAAGAUUGUAAGAGAAACUGAAUGAUGAUAACAUCACAAACAAGGAGAAGUUUAAUUUUAUGCUGCAAUUAUUAUAAGUAGGAUCUCCUAGAAAUGAUAGAGAAAAUUCUAUUGUAAUAGAGAAAGUAAAGAGUGUUAGGAAAUUUAAAGAUGAUGAAUUCAAAUUAUUUAUUAAACCAAAAAAACCAAAGAGAAAGGCUGAAAGUAUGUAGGAACCUCCAUAAGUAAUUGCAGAAACUAAAUUUACUAAACUUCCAAAUGCUACACUACAUUUUCCAACUAGUAGAAUUAGAAAAUUACAUGAUCGUAUGAUGUAAUAGAUGGAUGAAAUUAGAAUGGAUCCAAAUGUAUAAAAAUUGAGCAAUAUAAUUCAUAAAUCAUAGGGGAACCUGUCAAUCAGGUUACCAUAAAUUUAAUAUAUAUGAAACCACAACGAUAUUAAAUGGAUUUUAAUCUCUCAAAGUCAUAUAUGCCAUAGAAAAUACAAAUGAAUCGUGAUUCAUCAGCCAAAAAACUCAGCAACUCAGAAGUGAAUGCUGCUAUGCAAAAAUACUUUUAAUUACUCAAAAAGAAAGAGGGAAAAGUUUAGCAUCCAAUAAUCACUCCAACUCAAUCCUCUAAGAUUUUAAGCUAACUUGUGACCAAAGUCUCCCCAUAACUAGAUAUUCAAUUACCUGUUAAACCCCCAACUCCAACUGGAACUUAAUCAUAUCGACCAUCAACUGAAAAGAAACCACAUCAUCGUCCUUAGCAAUCUGUAGGUUAAAGCAAGGAUCUUAUUCUGAAAAAGUUGUAGAGUGCUUUGUUUUAGAAGCCAAAAACACAAUCACAACAGGUUACUCCUAAAAGUGCUGGAAAGGGCAGUCUAAGUGUUAACAAAUAUUUUGAGAGUACCAAGAAAUUAACAUCAGAUCAACCACAAUAUUAUAUAACUAAAGUUAAGAAUGCUUUCACUAAACCUAUUCAUGACGAUUAUUUUAGUAGAAUGUAUAGAGAGCAUUUUUUUUAAACAUAUUAAGGAAUAUAUGUUGCUUCAUAUUUAUAGCCAGCUGAUCCUAAAGAUCUUAAAAACAAAUAAGUACGUCUUAAAUAAAAGGAUAUUUAUAAAAGUAUCAAUCUAUUUAAACAUAUUUAUAGAUAAAAUUAGUAUUGUUUUUGAUCUUGAUGAGACUUUGGUUCAUUGUAAUGAAAGUCUAGCCAUUCCUAGUGAUGUAAUUCUUACUAUUUAAGUAUCACCUCAAGAAACAAUUAAAGCAGGAAUCAAUAUUAGACCUGGGGCAAUUAAAUUACUUGAAUUAUUAGUCAAUGACUUUGAAUUGAUUGUAUUCACUGCAUCACAUCCUUGUUAUGCUUAAAAAGUUAUUGAAUAUCUGGAUCCUAAUAAGACAUUAAUCUCUCAUAGUUUGUAUCGUGAUAAUUGUAUAAUGACUACUGGUGGUAUGUACACUAAGGAUUUAAGAAUCUUUGAUCGCCCUUUAAGUCAAUUAGUUUUAGUUGACAAUGCAUCAUAUUCUUAUGCUUGGCAAUUAGAAAACGGGAUUCCUAUUAUCCCAUUCUAUGAUAAUAAGGAGGAUAAAGAAUUGGAAUCCUUGUUAAAGUACCUAAGAAAUAUGCAAGGUUGCAAAGAUGUUAGAGAUUACAAUAAGUUUAUUAUAUAUCUUAAUAAUGUAGAGAAAACCUUAAAUUGUAUCAUUUCUAGGAUCCAUCAGGGCCUGGAGCAGUAUAUGAGAAAUUGUUUCAAUAGAAGAUGGAAAUCUAAUGAUAUUUUUAUUAAAAUGAAUAACACUUUACUUCCCAACUUAGAUGAUAAGCCUUAUUACCAUAUCUAUGAGCCUUCAUUAAAAGAGACACUCAAUGCCAGUAGACUUUUUUUACAUUAUGUGAUUUAGUUCAUGUAGAAUCAUAAACAGAGUCCCUCUCUCCAAGUGAUGAGAAAUCUAUUUACAUUCAAAAUCUAAUCAUGAGGAUGUUCCCUGAAAUCUAACUUCGAUAACACAGUAUCCUCAUAUGCUAACAUCUGUAUACUAAAACAUAUACUAUCUUUUUCAUGAAUUCAAAAUAAGUACCUUAUAGCUAUUGUUGCAAUCGUCCACUCUAGGUUCGUUGCUAUCCAAUAGGUUUUGGAUUAGUUUUGUGUUCAGGAGAGAGAUGUCCUAAACCUGAAUUGAAGGCAUUUAAAUUUAGUGACAAUACUCCAAAAUUAGAGGAGAAAUUGAAUAACAAAUUGUCCAAACUUAUUUCCAUGGGGAAACAUAAACAUGUCAAUCUAAUCUAAUAGAAACAACGUUUAGGAUUGGAAGAGUUCAAAAAACAUGUUACCGAGGCUCCAGACACAGUAAUUGUGAAACCUCGUUCACAAUCAUAUUAUAAGGGAAGUUCAAAUUUCUUGAAACGACCCUAUAAAUUAUAAAAAUGGAUCCAUAAUUGAGUCACUACACAUAAUUCUUCAUCGUUGUCACCAAUCUUUGUAAGACCAACCAAAUCACUUCUGAACAGAAGACUCUCCUAAAAACUAGUCUGACUCACAAAGAAGAGAAAAUAUGUCGCGUUCUCAUUUAAAAUAGUGGUCCUGGAAAGUAUUCGUGAACCUACUCAUUAAAUUAGGGAAAUGCAAUUACGAUAGGCAUUACUAGAUUAUUUAGAUGAAUAGAAUAAGGCAAUACAAAGAAGACGAUAACAUAAAUCCAAGACUGUACAUUUUAUGAAAGAUGUUACAGAUGAAACUAAACAAUAGAAUGCAAAUUAGUAAGAUUAAUAAAUCCCUCUGCCUUUAGCAAGUGUAGGUGCAGUGAUGAUUAAUCAACUUACAGAAUUAUUGAAUAAGCAUAUUGACAAACAUAAUUUACUUGUACCUGAAGACAAAGAUAAGUUAUUGUAAUUAUGCAAUUUAAUACUACAACUUACAUCUGAAUAAGGAGAUCCAAAUGGAUAAUAUGCAUAAAAUACAGGUGACAAUAAUAAAUUAGCAGAAAUAAGUGAAAAAGAUGCUGAUUCUAGUGAAGAAGAUGUAUAUGAGAAAAUGAAAAGAUAAAUCAAUGAUAUCUAUAAGGAAUUAAAGAAUAUCUUUACUGGUAACUUGCAUACACAUUUACUUCUGAUGUAAGAAGACAUUUCUUAUGAAAAUUUAUAUUAAGUGCUGAAAUUCCUUCUCAAAAUACUUGUCGAUGCUGAUGAAUUUACUUUUUUCAUUCAUCGAGACAAGGAUUGGGAAGUAUAUUCUUCAGCCAAUGAUUCUAUAAAAGAUAUCACUCCAGAAGAUGCUUAAAAAGUAACUGAUGAAUUGGCAUAUAUUCGACCAUGUUAUAUACAUAGAGUAGAUUAAAAAUAAAAUCAAUAUCCUCGAAUUUAGGAGACUUGUAAAACUAAUACAUAUGCAUAAACAUCCCUUGUUAAAUUUUAAUUGCAGAUCAAAAAUUAUGAAGUCCUAUUCUGUUUGCAUUGGACAGAUAAGGAUAAAAAGAAUAUAAAGAGAAAUUUUAUUAAGUAAUAAACAUUUUAAUUUAAAUUAGUUAUGCAAAUAUCUAUGGUUUUAAUACAGAUGUUACUCAUUUAGCAUAAUUCUUAGUUGAGACUAUCAUAACUGCUAAAGUUUAAUUUUUCAAUCCUUUACGAUUUGCUGAUCAUGUACAAGAUAUAGGAAUUACAUUUAUGAGGAUUUCAAGAUUUUUGUUAAUUGAAGGCAUAAAAAAGGUUUUGAGUUUAAAAUAUGAUGUUGAAAAAGUCUAAUAGAAUCAACCAAUACUUAAGAAAGACAAAGAUUUGCCUUCAUUAAAAAUAGAAUUAAAAGAUUCAAAUCCAGUAACCUUAAAUAUCAAUAAUAUGGAUCUGAAAAAUGAACAAGAUCAAUAUUUAUACUCUCUUGUAAAUAUAAUUUAUAAUAUCAUUUAGGUUAUCUAAACAUUAGAGAAGUAUGAUGGUUAUGUAAAAUUAUGUUAUGAAAAAUCUGCAUUUUAUAAGUAUUUCCUUAGAACUACUGAUUCCUUAUUGUUUGAUUUUAAUAAGCAAGGAGAAUUAAUUUUCUUAAGUAGACCGAUAUCUAAAUCUUUAAAGUAAACUAAUAUAUCAUAUAAUAGAUAAAAAUACAAUAUCAAUUUUGAUCCAAAAGCUAUACUAUACAAUAAAAUUACUUAUCAGGAUAUAUUCGCUGAAAACAGUAUUAUAUCCAAUAUUGAGGUGAAUAUUUAGAAUAUUCAUGAAAAUAGACACAAUCAAUAUUUAAGCAACCUUGAAAUUCCUUAAUUUGAAAUAUUUCUUAAAGUGAUUGAUAAUGACUUUAAAGGAUUCACAGUAAUAUUCCAUGAAAAUGAGGCUAGAAGACUUAAACAUUAUUUUAUGACUCUAAAGAUUGACAAUAUGACUAAUGAUGUAUAGAAAGAAGCUGAAGUCAAUAAAUCAUUUGAAGAGGAUAUUUAAAAACAAAUAUUAAUUUAAUACAAUAAACAUCAAACAUUUAAGUUUCUAAAUUAAUUAGAUGAAACAUAAGAUGUAGCAAAUUCAAUGAUUGCUUUAUUCAUUCCAGAAAAUGAAUUAUAAUAAAUUAGACAUCGUAAACCUGAUGUAAAAGGUUCUGAAUCAUAAACAAAGGAUAUAUUAAAUGAUUAAUGGAUUAUACCUCCAUAAAAAAAAAAGAAGAUUAGUUCAAGUGUUUAUAUUAAAUAUUAGCAAUAAUUAGAGUAAGUUGAUGUAAAUUAAUUUAAAAUUUAUGAAAGAGAUUCUUAAUUAGAUUUGUUUGAAUUUAAUAUUUUAAUUUUGGAUUCCUCACAAGAAAAGCAUAGAUUAGUUUAUAGUAUUUUAGAGAAAAAUGGAUUUAUUACUUAAUAUCAUAUGAAUAAUUAAUGUUUAGCUUAAUUUUUAAGUGUUCUAUAAAAGAAAUAUAAUAAGAAAAAUAAUUCAUUUCAUAAUUAUGAUCAUGGAAUAUCUGUUAUGUAAAGUGCUCAUUUUAUGUUAUAAUGUGUAAAGGCUAAAUAAUUUAUUGAUGAUUUCAGAAGGAUGGCAACAAUUAUAUCUGGAUUAUGUCAUGAUGUAUCACAUACAGGUAGAACAAAUAUGUUCAUGAUUAAUAGUUAAUCUAAAUUAGCCACAAGAUAUCAUGAUUCAAGUGUAAGAAUCUUAUUAUUAUUUAGCCUCUUGAAUAACAUCAUGCAGCCACUACAAUAUUUAUGCUUAAAGAUUAAUCCCUCAAUUUUUUGAGUAAUUUAACUAAAGAAUAGCAUCAACAAUUCAGACGCAUACUAAUCGAUAAUAUUCUCUAUACUGAUAUCAAGGUUCAUUUUACACUCUUGAAAGAUUUUGAGAGCAGAAUUAAGGAAGAUGUUUCAAAACCAUUUGGAACUGGAGAUGAUGAUCUUAAAUUAUUAACAGGAAUGAUAAUUCAUACUGCAGAUUUCAAUGGAGGAGCUAAAGUAUUUGAAAUCUCUAGAAUUUGGUCUGAAAGAGUGAACAAAGAAUUUAGUGCUCAAUAUGAAGAAGAGGGUAGAUUGGGCAUUCCAUAAACACCUUUCUUAAAAGAUUUGGAUAAAAUAUACAUAAUGGCCAAAUCUGAAAUGGGAUUCUUUAAAGUUAUUGUAAGACCUUUAUGGUUUACUCUAAAUGCAUUUUUUGUAAAUAUUUCAAUAUUACAAGCUAUUAGGAUGGUUAUUUGCAUUAGAGUAUAACCAAUCUUGAUAAUACUAUUAUUAGUUGGGAAAAGAUCUAUCAUGCCAAUCUUCCAAAAGAAGAACGAAUAUAAUAAUCAUGA